AUGCUGUGGAAGAGAAUUUUAUUGAAAAAUCUUGUCAAAAGGGUUGGGAAAUCAAAUUUUAGGGGCAAGAAAGAUGAUGUGCAAAAUUUUUUGGCGGAGUCAUUAGUGAUUGGGCGCAAGGUUGAAGGCUCCCCAAGGAUGCCAAAAAGGAAACUUGGAAAUGUUGAGUCAAAUAAAGAUAAAGUUAAGAAGCAGAAGACGAGAGAAAAUAAUGAAAUCAAUGUAGGAAAAGAUGCUGUUGAUCGAAUUUCUGAUUUGCCUGAUCACAUUGUCCAUCAUAUUUUUGCACUCCUACAUUGUCCAAAAGAUGUGGCACGGACUAAUAUUUUGUCAAAGAGGUGGAAGAGCAUCUUUGAUUCCUACCUAACGUUUGAUUUUGAUGAGAGGUACUUUCGAGUACACCGGGGACGAGGGAAGCAUAAUCGCAUUAAAGCGCGGGAAGUGCAGAAGAAGAAUUUCAAGAAUUGUAUUGAGAAGUCACUGGCUGCACGGCUUGAGCCCAAGUCUUGUAUACACAAGUUCAGGUUGUACGUGAAUAAUCUCAAUGAUAAAUUAGCCUCUUGUAUGGAUCGAUGGUUAAGUGCUGCUGUGGACAAAAAUGUCAAGGAGCUUGAAAUUCAUGUGAAUGUAAAGAAAAAGCAAUAUCUUUUGCCAGAUGUCGUUCUUAUGUCUGAGACAAUUACUUCCUUGAAGUUGUCUGGGUGUGUAUCUUUGUUUGGUUUCACCGAUGCGAAACUUUGUAAUCUGAGAGAACUGUCCUUGAAAAAAACUCUUGUAACCGAAACUAUAAUUCGGAAAGUUGAACAUAGCUGCCCCCUGAUUGAGGAUUUGAGGGUGAUACAUUGCCGGGGACCUUUAUGCUUCCGUAUUUCUGCACUUGUUAAACUCAGAAGGGUGGAGCUACAUGAGUGUGAUAUGCUCAGUUCUGUUGAAAUUGAGGCAUCAAACCUUGAAACCUUCUGGUAUCAUGGACAAAAUAAUCAGCCAUGCAAAUUCGACCUGACGGGUUGUCAAAAUCUGAAGCAUUUGACUUUGAACGCUGGUGAAAUGACAGACGAGAUGUUUCAGAAUUGCAUUUCCAAGUUUCCAUUGCUUGAAAAAUUGUUCCUUAAAGAAUGUAAUAGCUUGGACAAAAUCACAAUUAUAAGUGGAAAACUAAAAAGUCUUGCCUUAAAUCAAUGCAUGAUGUUGCAGGAAGCCAACAUUAACACCCCAAGUCUAUUUUCGUUUGAGUAUAGCGGCCAUAAAAUGUCUUUUCCUUCCAUGAAUAUUUCAGGGCUGCGUGAAGCAAAGUUUCACUUCAAUCCCUCAAGCAAAGCUUCUUAUAUUUCUGAGUUGCAAAAAUUCUUUGGGAACUUUGAUCAGUUUAAGGAUUUUAAACUGAUCAUGCACUCUAAGCAGAAUAUGACAAUUUUCGAAGACCCCAGAGAAGUCGGACUUGUUCGAUAUAUUGAUGAGAAGUUGGAAUUAACGACAUCAAAAAGUAGUGUUUUGAGAAGUGUUGAUAGUUGGUUACAAGCACUCCAUCGGAAGAGGCUUACUGUGGUAUCUUCCACCAGUGAAUUUCCAAAGUGUAUACACACACUGAUAAUGAACCGAGAAGAUGAUUCGUACUGCUGCAGAUACUACUCAAGAAAAUGCUGGCGACAUUACGUAGCAGGUGUUAAAAUGGCCGAGACCUUGAACAAUUCAGAUAAGACAACUUAUGACUUCAAAUGGAGAUCAACGCCAGUAUCCUGUUAG